AUGGCUCCUGCAACUGCAUCUACCCAGUUCCUCCACCUUGCGAACGUCUUCCGACUCCUGAGCCUUCGAAGCGAUGCCGAUGAUAUAAUUUUGGAACUGCUGGGCAGGUUCUCGCUGGAUAAGAUAUAUGCUGAUAGCAACCGUGAGAGAUUCCAGCAACUUGUCGGCACCCUGCUAUCCCAACUCAACGCCGUCCUCUAUAUCCAACGCCUAUCACUGCCAUCGGAAAGGGAACUGGCUGAAGAAUACGUGGGGUUCCUGGCCAAUUGGGAGACCAUCGCGCGGUCUGUCGAAUUCAUAUUGCAGGUUGUCAUUGAGGGACAUGAGAACUUGUUCAAUGUUCAUCAGCAGCUGGAUGUGCAGCUUGCCGACCUCGUCUCGACGGCGUUGCGGGUGCUGUCAUUCCAUCCCAAGAGCCUACCCGAUGUAAAGGACCAGAAACACCGAUUUGCUCGAAUCCAUAGGCUUCUCGACAAGCUACAUGACCGUUACCCUGGGCCGAGACCAUGUCUCCUACUUAUCUGUCGAGAUAUGGCUAAUGCGUUGCGUAUGGACCCAACAUCGCUUCCUCUCCCCAGAAAGUUGAUGAAGGAAAUCCCCAACUUAGCUUUUGAUUUGUACCCUCUACAUGACUGCUUUUCAGAUCGAUAUGUCUCUACUAUUGUUGAGCAGGAGAGCCCUUCUAAUAACUGGCUGACCCAGUUUUUGGCCCUGAGAGAUAUCACCCAAUUCGUUGUUGGUGCAUCUAUUCAGUAUGCGGUUUCUGAGGAGACCGAAGACUUUGACCUCCCAGCGUCAUGUGCCAAAACCAGAGAUGUGAUCCUAGCCUGUCUUGAUAAAAUACGCAUGCCCAACAAUUACCCAAAACUAGAACUCCUGUCCAUGUUUAGUGAAGCAUUCCGAACCAUUUUACCAGAUACACCCCCGAUCAAUGGAUUCCGAAAUCUAUCCGGGCUUCUUGGUGAUGUGAAUGGCGUAGAAGCCAUCAAGUCAUUCUGUUCAUCACUUUCAAACCGACAAAUUAUCCAUCGGUCAAGCGAUGGACCGCUGAUGCAUGCAAUUGCGGAGGUCAAUAGGCGCAUAACUCUCCUCGACGACCCAAAUGAGACGUCUGAAGACGUGGUGCCACGAGUACCACGAGUAUAUGCACUAAACUGCAAGUCAUGCCAUCUUGCUGGAAAUACCCAGUUACGAGUUCUAGAGCAACUUGAAUUUCCGAAGCCAGCUGAAGGGUCUGAAAUUGGAUUACCGUCAAACACGAAAUGUGUCCAAUGCAAACAAAUAGUAACACUUGCGCGGGAGAUACCGCUUAUAAGAGAAACAUGGGAACUCCUCAAUGACGUCGAGUAUAAUGCUGAUCCUCCUAGCGAGCUACGACACUUCUCUCCUCCAUAUCGACUUUUUCCACCCAAACUACUCUCCGAUCCAGCAUCAUCUCUUAGGCCUCCGCAAAGUCCUAAUCCCAGCCCCAGCCCGACCACCAUAGGGAGAUCCCCAACCACCGCUACUAGCAUAUCUCCAGUGUCACCAGAUACCAGAUACGCUUCUGAAGAUACCCAUACUCAAGAGCUCGGGUCAAUAACCGAAGUGGUCAGCCCUGAUGCUGAACUUUCUCAACAACAUCUUACCAAUACAUCAGACCAUUCCGCCCAUAAUGGUUCUGCAACGCGUCGGAAGCAAUCAGUCAAGAUAGCGGAUAUCCAUCGUACAGCUAGCCAACAUAGUGUCUCACCGCCUCGUGCUGGUACUUCGAUUAGGUCGCUGCAUGGAGGCAGGAUAGCAAGGAUAUUCAAUAAAUCUAAAAGAGAACAUCGGUCUGCAGCUUCAGGAGAUGCAAGUUCUCAUUCAUCUGGAUCAAUGGAAAAUCAGCGACCAGAGGAAAUCUGCCUGAAGAACCUGACUAGCGCUGCAAAGUCUCAAGUGAAAGGGAGGGUGUCAAAACUUAUGAAUGUCAGCCUUUCACAGAACAGCACCAAUGCUCUAUUCUGGAUGCCAUCUACGAUUCAAGUAUGGGACGUUGGUGUGACUCCUGCAGCCGUGACUAGAAUCAUUCCCACUGAAGGCUCAUGUCUCCUUGCUGCUGUUACGAAAAGAUAUUUGGCGUAUAUAGUUGGAAGCAAGGACCAAAAACUCACGCUUCGAAUCAUCAACCUUUCUUUCCCCACCGCCGCACCUCUAGAGUAUCAAAUGCCUUCGUCCCAGUGGUGUAAGAGCAUCGCUAUUUGCCCAAGAGAGUCAUACGUCGUUGUUGGAUUUAAGAAUGCUACUGUUCGGUUCUUCAAAACCGCCAUGUUUGAGCCCCAGCGAGAGUUCCGUCUUCAUGGCCGAUACCAUAGCGAAUGUGAGGAUUGUCCGUCUGUUGACACGCUUUCCUUUUCGCCUGAUGGGGAGACACUCAUAGCAAGCACGAGAAAUGCGAAAGGCGUAAUCCAAACCUUCCUCCGCCGAGCAUCGACGUUCACUUUCCAAGAGCUCUCCAACUGCCAUUAUCCCAUUCCCUUGCAUGAGUCGGAAGAUGGAGGAAUAUCUUCAGUUCUCUAUAGGCCUGGUGUAGGCGGAGAGGAUGACUUGGUAUGUAUUACGACAUGGACACAAUCAGGCACACCGUUAUUGUUGUCUCCUAAGACCGGACAUCGUGUCGAAAUCAAGGCCGAUGGUUCCGGUCAUGGACGUCGUCUCGGCACACGAGUACAAUGCGGUGCUUUCUCCUUAACUGGAAAACAGCUUGGCAUGGUGAACGACAAAGGCCACCUCUACCUUGUGACUAACCUCAACUCGAGUGUGAUGGAAGCCCGGAGACUGGCUACUACCAAGGAGCUUACUGCCAGGUGUAGCUUUUUCGCGAUGUCGUUCAUGGUGCUCCAGGGCGACGAAUCAAUAGUUCUUGCCUGGGCGGAUGUAAACAAAAGCAUGGGCUACAUUCGCAGAAUACCCAUUCCCUUUACUCACGGAGAGUCAACAAUGACAGAUACCACCCUAUCCCAUCACCAGGAUGUUACAGAGCUUCCCGGUGACAUCGGUGGCGGCACUUAUUCCUCAUUCACUGACCGCUCUGGCGAUACCUGCCAAAAUGCCACUCAGCUGCCAUCUCGGCCUGCUGCUCGGUACAGGACAAUCACUAUCUUUAAAAACGCAGUAGACAGACAAAAUUUCCAAGGCGAAGAAAUGGGAAAUUCUAUCCUAAAAUCAGUCAAGGCACCCUCACCCUACCCUGGUGCUGAGACAUCACACCCAGACGAAGGAACUGGGCAUAAAACACCCUUCAACCUUAAGCCUCCACCCGACGAACGAAGGCUGAGUGUGGCAGCUCGAUAA